AUGUCGUUUGGCCAGGACUUAAAAAACAAAACAAAAGCUGCACCCAGCGCAGCAUCGCAACAAAGAAAAGGAGGUUGCUGCGUUGCUAAGGCAUUUAUUCAAACAGGUGGUGGGCACCUCCAAGGUAGAGCUGAGGGGCAAACUCCAGCGACUUCAAAGCUUUUUUCGACGAGGGGAGGUGCAGCUGCACCUCCUUACGCCUCUGUAGAUCCUCCAGUGCCAGCAACAAAGGCUUGCUCGGGCAACAAGUGGAGCCCAGCAGACUGGGCUGGCCCUCCAGGGAGGCUGGCUCGACUUGGAGCCCUAGUUUUGGAUGAUGUCAGCGCGCUACAGUGUCGCCCAUAG